AUGACGACCCUAAGUUAUGGGCCUAUCGCCAUAUAUUUUGUUGCAAUCACGAUUGCCUAUUACUUUGUACUUGGCAUCUACAAUGUUUGCUUUCAUCCGCUUCGUCAUUACCCAGGACCUUUCCUCUGGCGUUUCAGCCCGGUGCCAAAAAACAUUGCUCUCCUGAGAGGCAGAUACGCCGCCAAGGCGCGUGAAAUCCAUGAGACGUAUUCCGGAACUGUUCGGGUAGCUCCCAACGAGCUGUCCUACAUUCAACCACAAGCAUGGAAAGACAUCCUAGGCCGCCCGCUCAAAUCCGAAAUGGCAAAAGACCUCCGCUUCUUCGGCGGCGAAAACUUUGGCCGCGACAGCCUCGUGACGACCCGGCCCGAAGACCACACGCGCCAGCGCCGCAUCUUCACCCCCGCCUUCUCCAACACGGCGCUCAAGGCGCAGGAGCCCCUGCUGGCGGGCUACGCGGACCAGAUGGUCGAGGCGAUGGGCUCGCUCGGCGAGCGCCAGCGGGACCACGACGGAGGAGCGCGCGUAAACAUUGUGGACCUGUACAACUUUGCCACGUUCGACAUCAUGGCCGACCUGACCUUUGGUGAGCCGCUGCUGCUGCUCAAGAGGGGCGACUACACGCCCUGGGUGCGCAACGUCUUUGCGGGGCUCAAGUUUGUCAUUUAUGGGCUCGUGUUUCUUGCGAUUCCCGUGCUGGGUCCCCUCGUGCAGGCCGUCACUGCGGCGCCGCUGAAGAAGAAGGCGCAGGAGCAUACCGAUUUCGCAGGGCAGCUCGUCGAUCGGCGUCUGGAGGGGAAGGGUCAUUCAAAGCCGGAUAUCUGGAGUUUCGUGCUGAAGCACGACGACAAUGAAGAGACUAGAAGGGGUGGACUUUCGAUCAAGGAGAUGCACGCCAAUGCGGCCAUGUUCAUGGUUGCGGGGACCGAGACCUCUGGGACGGUGUUGUCGGGCACGACGUACUAUCUGCUGAGGAACCCGCGGGUGUACGAGAUCUUGACGAGUGAGAUUCGCAGUGCUUUUGUGAGGACGGAGGAUAUCUGCGUCGACGGGCUCGUGAGGUUGGAGUAUUUGACGGCGGUGCUGAUGGAAGGGUUGAGGUUGUAUAACCCCGGCGGCGCGGGGAUGCCGAGGAUCGUGCCGCGGGGUGGUGCCAAUGUUUGCGGGGAGUAUCUCCCUGAAGGCACUCUGGUAUCUGUUAACCCAUACUCGGCGUUCACGAAUCCGGAUAACUGGGCCCGGCCGACCGAAUUUGUCCCGGAGCGGUGGAUCGAUGCGGAUGCUCCGGAAUGGAAGGAUGAUGAGAGGGACGUAUAUGAGCCGUUUUCGUAUGGACCGAGAAACUGCCUUGGAAAGAAUCUUGCGUGGCUGGAGCUUCGCUUGCUGCUGGCCAAGAUACUGUGGCACUAUGACCUGGAGUUGUGUCCCGGUAUGGAGUCAUGGGUUGUUCAGAGGAAUUAUAUUACGUGGGAGAAGGGGCCUUUGAUGGUUAAGCUGAGGCCUGUUCCGAGGGACCGAGGAUGA